AUGGCUCUCACUUACCAACAAAGUAAGCUCGUCAGAGAUACUAUACCCGCUCUCAAGGAGCACGGUGAGAGGAUAACGAGCAGCUUUUACAAGACUAUGCUCACCGACCACCCCGAACUUAACAACUACUUCAACUCGGUAAACCAGAAGAAUGGCAGGCAACCUCGGGCCCUGACGGCCGUCAUCUUGGGCUUUGCCUCAAACAUUAACCAUCUUAGCGAGCUCGUCCCCAAGUUUGAGCGCAUGUGCAACAAGCACUGUUCGUUGGGUAUCCAGCCAGAGCACUACGAGGUUGUCGGCAAGUAUCUCAUCCAGGCUUUCGGCGAGGUUUUGGGCCCCGCGAUGACACCCGAAGUGCAGACGGCAUGGACAAAGGCAUAUUGGAUGCUGGCCAAGAUGUUGAUUGGGCGCGAGGCACAGUUGUACAGGGACUUUGAGAGCUGGCCCUCAUGGCGCCCUUUCAAGAUCGACAGGAUUGUCAACGAGUGCGAUGACCUCUACACCUUCUAUCUUGUUCCUCAGGAUGGAAAGAAGUUACCAAAAUUCCUCCCCGGCCAGUACGUCUCCGUCCAGAUCCAAGUCCCUGGUGGCAACCGCCAGUCCAGACAGUAUUCCCUCAGUGAGGCGUGGAGGGAGGAUUACUACCGUAUCACCAUCCGCCGAGACGAGGGUACCGUCUACUCCAACUCAGUUUCCAAGUCCUUCUUCAACCCCGGCAUCGUCUCCAACUACCUUAUCGAUCAGACUACCGUCGGUUCUAUCCUCCAGGUCUCUCACCCGGCUGGCGAGUUUUUCUUGGACGUCCACAACACGAGCACGGUGCCUCUGGUUCUGAUUUCUGCUGGUGUCGGCGUCACUCCCAUGGUUUCCAUCGCCAACACAGUUAUGGAGAGUCAAACCAGUCGCCAAAUUGCCUGGAUUCAUGGCUGCCGCAAGCAUAUCCCCUUUGAGGACCACAUCAAGACUUUGCGCAAGAGGAAUAGCAACUUCCAAACCAAGAUCUUCAAGACCGUCAUCAACAGCACUGAUCGCCCUGGCGAGACAUAUGACUACAACGAGCGCAUGGACCUGGCCAAGCUCAAGCCCGAGGAGCUCCAUCUUCAGCAUGGCGGCACUGAGUACUUCAUCUGCGGCCCGGAGCAGUUCAUGAUCAACCAAAAACUCUACCUCAUGCAGCAAGGUGUCUCGGCCUCGCGCAUCAAGUGCGAGAUCUUCACCACGGGCGAUUUGGUUACUAAGCAGGGAUGAAGCGCACGGGAUCCUGAGGUUCAGGAGAUUGAUCAUGACUUUGUCAGUCCGUCGUCGUGUAAUUACCGGUCUAUGAUGCCCUCGCGGUGUGACCCACCACAACAUCAACAACAACACGAUUAUCAUCAAAAUCAACAAUACCGACAUACCAAG